AUGAAAAUGAGUUUCGAUGUCUCUGUCCUCCCCCAGGACAACAGUGACGACCUGCUCCUGCCUUCCUGUCAUGAUGAGGAGUUGGUGGACAACCUGCUGUGCAGUGAGGAGUCUGAGGGCAGCAGUGGAAGUGACCUGUCCUUAACAAAGGCUCUGCUCCCCCAGGUGGGGCCCUACAGCCCUACAGAUGCCCCCUGGGUGUCCUCCACCCGCUACAAAACCGAGCUGUGUACCAGCUACGCUACGUCCGGCUCCUGCAGCUAUGCUGACCGCUGCCAGUUCGCCCAUGGCCUCCAUGAGCUGCACAUCCCCUUCCGCCACCCGAAGUACAAGACGGCCUUGUGCCGCAGAUACCACACUACUGGCUACUGUUACUAUGGCAACCGCUGCCUGUUUGUCCACAGUCCAUCAGAGCAGCGACAGGUCCAGCACUGCCGCAGGAACGUCCCCUGUCGCACCUUCAGCUCCUUCGGGGUCUGUCCCUUCGGCCCGCGCUGCAACUUCCUGCACGUAGAGGAUGGAGAAGUGGAGAAGAGCAUUUCAGCUGAUGGUGAGAAGACCGUCCAAGACCUACCUCGAGAGUGGAAGCCCCGAGGGGCCCUGUGCCACACCUUCAGCUCUUUCGGGUUCUGCCUGUACGGGACGCGCUGCCGCUUCCAGCACGGCCUCCCCAGCAAGAUGAGAAGCUCCGACAGCCUGUCCCCAGACUGCACCUCCUCCACGUCUUCGUCUCCUCCAUCAACCCCAUCCCCAGUCCACAACGCCUUCACCUUCUCCAGCCAGCACCUGAGUGACCUGCUUCUGACCCUGCAGCAGCUGGAGAGCCCCAAGACCCACGAGGUCUGGGACAGCAGGGCUGUCUGAAACCUCAGCCCGUCCAAAACCACAACACAAGCGCUCCAAACUUUUAUACUUUUUUAAAUUUUUUAUUUACUUUCUGUACUUGGAGGAAUUUGUAAUUAACCCCCCCAAUUUAUAUUUUAUUUUUAUUGUUUGACCUGUCCGUCAGCAGGUCGAGCAGAACUGGACCUGUUCAUUUCUCAGUCCAGGAGCUCUGAACAGGAAGUCUGAGUCCAGUUGGGACUAAUCUCUGGGUUUUUGUUUUUAACUGUACAUUAAUGAUAAGCUGCAUAAAUGAAGUGUCUAAACUGUGCAUUGUAAAUAAACAUUUUUAA